AUGAUACCCUCUCGGCCGCUACCAUGCAGCGAGGAGUUUUCCACUCCGCAAGAGUACAUCGAAGCUCUUUUGGAAUUCGUACAAAACACGGAGAUAUUCCAAAUCUUCUGCGGCGGCGUUCAUAUCCUCGACUUCUUCACCUCAGACCCGGGUAUUUUUCACUCGGCCCUACCUGAAGAAUGGAAAGAGUUUCUAGCGCUGAGAAGAUUCUCGCUGAGGAGAGAGUUCGCGCCGCGGCAGCAGAAGCUGCCCGUCUUGCCGAGAUCUGUGUCCGUGGGGAUGAAGCCUAAAAAAAUUCACGAAGUUGUCAACUUUGCAGACUACGUCGAUACUCUCUCAGAGGAUAUUUCAAAGCAGACCGGCAGCGAGAUAUCGCAUUUUGUGGACUUUGGCAGCGGUCAGAAUUAUCUUGGCAGGGCACUGGCCAGCGAGCCUUACAACAGGCAUGUCGUCGCCGUCGAAGGCAGAGAUCACAACGUUACGGCGGCCAAAGUGUACGACUUGACGUCUAAGCUGGCGGUUCGGCCAAAGAUGAUGAGGAAUAAGAAGAUGUGGGUUAAAGCCCAGGAGACUCUCACUCCGGAGCAGCAAAGGGAUCAGGAUGCGAUACGAGCCGCGGUGCAAGAGGUUGAGGGGGCAGAUAAUUUUGAAUUCCAGCCAAUGAAUGUCCAAGAGGUCGAAUACGUGGCUGAGGAAGGCAAAGGAGGCGUUCAAUACAUCUCAGGAAGACUUGACAGCGGAGAUCUCGCAGAGGUUAUAGAGAGCAUCGAACAUAAAAACACUAAUGACGAGACUGGGAAAGACCUCAGCCUGAUGGCCGUUUCUAUCCACUCAUGCGGCAACCUAUCUCACUUUGGAAUUCGAUCCCUCGUCAUGAACCCGGACAUUCGCGCCGUUGCAAUCGUCGGCUGCUGCUACAACCUCAUGACGGAGAAACUAGGACCUCCAACCUACAAGCAGGCCUAUCUACGCCCAAGCCUCCAGGCCCUCAACGGAAGAAUCGUCCGCGAAUCCGAAAAGCGAGAUCCGCAGGGCUUCCCCAUGAGCCAGCAGUUCUCAUCCUACAAAGACAACGGCAUCCGCCUCAACAUUACAGCUCGCAUGAUGGCCUGCCAAGCACCGCAGAACUGGACCCGGGUCGAGAGCGACGGCUUCUUCACACGACACUUUUUCCGCGCAGUCUUGCAGCGCAUAUUCCUCGACCGCGGCGUCGUGAGCCGCGUGUGGCACGACGGCAACGGCGACGGCCAGGACGACAACAAGGAAAAACAGGCGACCCCUUUCAACAUGAGCACCAACCCCGUGGUCAUCGGGUCGCUCCGCAAGAGCUGCUACGCGUCAUUCAAGGCCUACGUGCGGGGAGCGGUGGAGAAGCUGACCACGAGCACCGAGUACAAGCAAUACGCCGCCGUGAUGAACGAAAAGAUGGCGGGCAUCACGGACGAGGAGAUUGAAGGCUACGAAGCCCUGUAUCUGCCGCGCAAGAAGGAGGUCUGCGUCAUCUGGUCGCUGAUGGCGCUGAGCGCGGCGGUGGUGGAAUCGCUCAUUGUGGCGGACCGGUGGACGUUCCUAAAGGAGCACAAGGACGUUGUCAAGGAUGCCUGGGUGGAGACGGUGUUUGACUAUGGCGAGAGUCCACGGAAUCUGGUUGUUGUUGGGAUCAAGAAGUGA